AUGCCCCCAGUACGGACCUCGCGCAAUCGCAAACCGCCCCCGGCAGGCUUCGAUGAUAUAGAGGAUACACUGCUGGAGUUCAGCAAUAAGAUGAAAGAUGCGGAGAAUGCAUCGCAUGACGGGAAGAAAAAGCACGAGAUGCUGUGGCCCAUAUUUCAAAUCAGCCACCAGAGGUCGAGAUACGUAUAUGACUUGUAUUACGAAAAAGAAGCCAUAUCAAAACAGCUGUACGAAUGGCUUUUGAAGAACAACUAUGCGGACGCCAACUUGAUCGCGAAGUGGAAGAAGCAAGGCUACGAAAAGUUAUGCUGCCUCCGGUGCAUCCAGACGAAGGAAACGAAUUUCAAUGCAACUUGCAUCUGUCGGGUACCUAAAGCGCAGCUCAAAGAAGAUCAAACAAUUCAAUGUGUUAGCUGUGGGUGUCGCGGUUGUGCUAGCAGCGACUAG